UGCUCUUACCUGUCUGUCUGCCGCUACCUGUCUGUCUGCCGCUACCUGUCUGUGUUUAAUGAAGAGCCGACACACUAACAGCUAACAGCCGAGCUAACUGCAGCACGAGGAGCUAACCCUGAUUCAUUACACUCACGCGAGCAGUAUCAAGCGUUCUCGGAGCUGCAGGUGAAGAUGAUCGAUACGCAGCAGAAAGUGAAGCUGGCCGACCUGCAGAUCGAUCAGCUGACUCGUGUUCAGAAACAUGCUAAGCUAACUCACGCUGAGAUCACCACGCUGCCUGACAACACACGGCUGUAUGAGGGCGUCGGACGCAUGUUCAUCCUGCAGUCGAAGGAGGAGAUCAAUAAUCAGCUGACGGACAAACAGAAAACAGCUGAUGAGAAGAUCAAAGAACUUGAGCAGAAGAAGGUGUACCUUGAACGCAGCGUGAAGGAGGCAGAAGACAACAUCAGAGAGAUGCUUCUGUCCAGGAGAGCUCAGUGAUCAAUAAUCAAUAACGUGUAUAUGUCAGUAACUGUUCAUAUUAAAGUGUUGAACCUUC